AACAGUGGCUCGAUUUUACUGGUAGUUGAUCGUUCGACGGUGAACAGUGAUUAGUUCUGUACCUGCCUGGGAUUUAAGUGGAGAAACAGAGGAGGGACUGUGUUAUAGUCACUGAGCUCGCGAAGCUGCUGAUUGCCUACUGCAUAUUAUAUGCAGAAGCAUUUACACAUCAUUCUGCUGCCACUGUUCCUUUGUGUAUUGGUUAAUACUAUCUUGAUCUCUUAUUCUUAUUCAGAUUGUUGGAACAGUGUGCAGUCAGAUUGUGCUUUGAAUUCAGUUAUGGCUCCAAAGAUGAGGUGGACAAGAAGUAAGAGAUUGUUAGAGGAGUAUGAAGAUGAAAAUCAUAAUGCUGAAAGGGAAGUCCAAGAAAUAUCUAAUGACCAGAAUGUAAUAAAGAGGACUGAAGACCUUUAUGGCUGCAUCAAAGCAGUAGUACCACAUCAUGAGGUGUUCGUUAGAAGCAAAAAUAAAAUGGAAACAAAAUGUGAAAUCACUUUGGAAAAUCUGAGUAGAGAAGAUGUGAAGAUAACUCUUUGGGGGGAUACUGCAAGAGAGUUCGAUCUGGAUGCAAUUUACAAUUUGCCUCCACCAGUACUAGCAAACAACCAACUCCAUCGAGCACAAAUCACAGAUGCAUAAUCAUUGAUCCAGACAUUGGCCAAAGAGAAGACUACGAGGAAGAGUAAGUGUUUUUAUCAUCACAAAAUCAUAGUCUAUUAAUAUUAAUAAAUUCACAAUCCAUUAAACUCAAUUGCUUCAUGUGUAAAUGUGUACACCGAUAAAAUGAAAAACAUUGCAGGUUCUCAAAAGCCGGGGAUAAGCGGAAGUUGCUAACAACUCCAUCCAAGCGACCACUCCACCAAGAAGCCAAAGAUCGUCCCCUCACCCAAAAAAAAAGAUCAAUUGAGGCAAGCAAAAGGACAUUAUUCAUUUCUGACCCAGAGAAGAAAAUCAGGAGGGAACCAGAACAAGGAAGCGCCACUUCAUCAUCACUGGCAAAAGAAGAACAUAACAAGGAAAACGAGCAGUAAAUUUGCAUCACUCUUUUGUACAUAUGUAACUAACAAGUAGAAGCUGCAUUGACUACAAUUUUUGGUAUAACUGUAGUCAACUAAUCAACUGAAACAUUUUGUACACUGGAAUAACCAAUUUUUGAAACAACUUCCAGUAUAACCUUUUGUAAACAAACUUCAG